AUGAGGCCGCUGUUUUACCGCUGCCACAACACCACGUCGGUGGAGAAGGGCAAUUCGGCGACGAUGGGCGGGGUGCUCUUCAGCACGGGCCUCGUGGGCAACCUGCUGGCCCUGGGACUCCUGGCGCGCUCCGGUCUGGGGUCGUGCCCGCCGCGCUCGCCGCGCCCGCCACCCUCCGUCUUCUACGUGCUGGUGUUCGGCCUGACGAUCACAGACCUCCUGGGCAAGUGCCUCGUGAGCCCCUUCGUGCUGUUCGCCUACGCGCAAAACCGGAGCCUGCGGGGGCUGGUGCCCGGAUCGGACAGCUCUCUGUGCCAAGCCUUCGCCUUCUUCAUGUCCUUCUUCGGGCUCGCCUCGACGCUGCAGCUGCUGGCAAUGGCCCUGGAGUGCUGGCUCUCCCUGGGGCACCCCUUCUUCCAUCGACGGCACCUCACCCCGCGCCGGGGCGCCAUGGUGGCGCCGGUAGUGGGCGCCUUCUGCCUCGCUUUCUGCGCGCUGCCCUUGGUGGGCUUUGGGAAGUUUGUGCAGUACUGCCCUGGCACCUGGUGCUUCUUUCAGAUGGUCCACGAGGAGCGCUCCCUGUCGGUGCUGAGCUACUCGGUGCUCUACGCCAGCCUCAUGCUGCUGCUGGUCCUCGCCAUCGUGCUGUGCAACCUGAGCGCCAUGCGCAACCUCUAUGCCAUGCACCUGAGGCUGCGGGGACUCCUGCGCUCUGGCCCCAGGGAACGCGCCGAGCCGGGCGCCGGCGAGAGGGAGGCGACCCCGCUGCACCUGGAGGAGCUGGAUCACCUCCUGCUGCUAGCCCUCAUGACGGCGCUCUUCACCAUGUGCUCCCUGCCUUUAAUUUAUCGUGCUUACUAUGGAGCGUUUAAAGCUGUUCCUGAGCAAAAUGGAACCACUGAAGAAAUUGAAGACCUCCGAGCCUUGCGCUUUCUCUCUGUGAUCUCAAUUGUGGACCCUUGGAUUUUCAUCAUUUUCAGAACAUCGGUGUUUCGAAUGUUUUUUCGCAAGAUUUUCAUAAGGCCUCUUAUGUAUAGAAAUUGGCACAGCAAUUCUUGCCAAACUAACAUGGAAUCCAGUCUAUAACUAUGUUACCCUCUCUCAUAAACUCAAGAAUACAUCACAUCUUCUGCAAAGAACCAUGAGCCACAAAAAAUCUUAUAAUUUAUAUCCUUAAAAGUAUGUUCCAUAACAAAAUAUCUAAAUGUAUUUUCAAAACUGUUUGUUCAUUCUUAACAAUGU